AUCCAUUUAGCAAGCCAUUCCCAUUUCACUUUUAACCCUUUUCUACCCAAUUUGGAACCCAAUUUUUCAUGUCAUUCCCUUAAAUCCUAGCCCAAUUUUCUCAGUGUUAACAGCGUACAUCAAUACCCAUACGCGUCUUCUUCUUCUUCUUCUUCAACGGGACGAACCCAGAAACGAAAUCGUACCAUUUCCAGCCUUAAAUCUCCUCUAGUUAAGGCUCUUUCUUCUUCAAUGUUUAGGGUUUGAGACAGUGAAAGGAGAAAACAGAAAGUAGAUUUUAGGGCGAUAAUUCUUAUAUAUAUAACUAAAAUUUCUGAUUUCAUUGCUUUGGGGGUUCGAGAUUAUAUCGAAUUUUUUUGUUGCUGGUGGUAGAAAGCUUUGCUCGGGUCGACUUCUCAGUUCGCUGCUUCAAAAGAGAUUGGAUUUUUGAAAUAUGACGUUGUUGAAGAGGUAUGUGUUGAGAUUGUUCAUAUCAUUGAAGUACAUCACCGCAAAUGUGGUAGACAGAAACAACGGACGUAUAGUAGCAACAUCAUCUACUGUUGAACAUUCAGUGAAACAGUCACUUGAGUGCGGUAGAACUUGCAAUGCAAAGGCUGCAGCGAUUGUAGGAGAAGUGUUGGCAAUGCGUCUCAAAGUGGAGGGUCUUGAUCAGGGGCAAGGAAACGGGAUCCAUGUCAAUGUAAAUAAAGAGGUUGAGAAGAAAGGUUUCAAGAAUCGUACAAAAGUUUGGGCUAUAGUUAACGGCCUUAAGAGCAAUGGAGUGAAACUUAUUUUGGAUGACAAUGAAAAUGACAGUUGUCGCCCUAACUUCCACUAGAACAGUGCGCU